GCGUGGUAGCUCCAUUCCCGGGUCAACGUUCCAAAUCCCCGGGCCAGGGUUCUACAGCGCGCGCCGCCAGGCGGGCGGCCCACUCUAUGUUACACAGUUUGUUACACAAGUUGUUACAUAUUUUGUUACACUGCCCCUGUUUGCUACACGUGGGAGCGGAGCCGCUCAUUCCGCUCUGAAUGCAAACUCUCCAUCUCUAUGUCUAUCUCUCUCUCUCGGGUUCGUGCAAUUCCGUAACAGAUUCCUUCCAGCAGCAGCGGCCGGUGGGUCCCGGUGCCUGCAAUUUCGCCAGUUUACCAUGUACCGGGUGGAAGCCCCAGGCGAGGGCAGCCGAGCGAAUUUGGAGGGAUAACGCCGGCGUUUGCAAAACCCGCUCGGGAGCAUGCUGUGCGUGUUUCACUGUGGACGCGCAGCGGUUCGGGGGCUGAGCCUUUCGUGGUGGAGUGGGUGCUGGGCAUCAGCGUGCCCAAGGGGCUGGAGGCUGCCCUCUCCCCUGGGCGGCCCCCAGUCUUUCACCUUCUGCUCCAGGGGCAGCGGGAAGGGCAAGAACCGAGGCCCAGAGGAGCACGUGGCUGUUUUCUCUCCGGUGACGGUGACCGAGCUCCGGCAGUACCUCCGAGCCAAGGGCGUCCCGUUCCACGAUGGUUACAGCUGCCUUCAGGCACCGAGCCCAUUCACCAGCAAAGUGCCCAGGCCGAGCGCAGUGACCGCGAGGGAGAACUUCUCCCUGUUCAUCGACAAGACGACGGGAGGGUUCGUGUGCAAGGAGAGCCUGCUGGAGGGCACCUGGAGGGAUUUACAGGAUUGCCUGGAGGUGAUGCAGAAGGAAGGCCGACAGAGUCUGGGCCCCAACGUGCGGCUCGAGGUGCCGGAGAGCGACCGGGAGCUGAGCGAGCGGGAGGCCGAGCUGAUCGAAGCCCGGAGGAUCUGGGACGGGGCAGCGGCCUUGCCGGACCUGCCCCUGGAGGUGGCGCAGUCGGUCAAGGCCGCGUUCGGGAUUGAGAAGGUUCCUGAGGCAACCCUGGGGAAGCUGAGCGUCAGGUAUUGCCAGGCCUCUGGGAGCCUCGUGUUCCCCUGGUUCGGAGGCAGAGACUCGGGCCUGAAAGGCCUGAAGCUGCUCUCGGCCCAGCGCGAGGGUGAGCGGCUAAACUACACAGCAAUGACGCUACCUCGGGCAGGCCGUUACAACAACCUCUUCGGCCUACAUGUCCUGUCGAGGAAGGACACAGCGCUGGUCCUGACCGCAAGAGAGACUGACUGCCUGGCAGUCAGCUGUUCUACUGGCCUUCCCUGCGUCUCCUUGCCCCGGGGGGUCAGUUGCCUGCCCCCUGUGCUCCUGCCGUAUCUCGAGCAGUUCAAGAGGAUCACCCUGUGGUUGGGCAGCGACCUCCGGGCCUGGGAGGCCUCCAAGAUCUUCGCCCGCAAGCUCAACGUCAAGCGGUGCUACUUGGUGAGGCCCAGCGAGCAGCAGCCCUGCCCCCUCGAGGCUCUGGGGGCUGGUCUCCACCUGGGCAAGAUUGUGAAGAACGCCAUGGCGGCCAGCCACAAGUCCAUCAUCUCCUUCCGUCAGCUCAGGGACGAGGUCUUCGGAGAGUUGGCCAACGUUGAGCAGGUCUCCGGUAUCAAGUGGCAGCGCUUUCCCGACCUCAACAAACUCCUCAAAGGCCAUCGCAAAGGGGAGCUGACAGUUUUCACAGGGCCUACAGGCAGUGGAAAGACCACCUUCAUCAGUGAGUAUGCCCUGGACCUCUGUAUCCAAGGUGCGAACACCCUGUGGGGAAGCUUUGAGAUCAACAACGUGCGGCUGGCCAAGAUUAUGCUGACUCAGUUUGCGAUGCAGCGCCUGGACGAUCAGUUGGAGAAGUACGACGAGUGGGCGGACAAGUUCGAGAACCUGCCGCUGUAUUUCAUGACGUUUCAUGGCCAACACAGCAUCAAGUCAGUUAUUGACACAAUGCAACAUGCGGUUUACAUGUAUGACAUCAGCCAUGUUGUUAUAGACAACCUGCAGUUCAUGAUGGGACAGGAACACUUCACCGUUGACAAGUUUUCCGCACAGGAUUACAUUGUCGGGACAUUUAGGAAGUUUGCUACGGACAAUAGUUGUCAUGUGACUCUGAUCAUCCAUCCCAGAAAGGAGGACGAUAACAAGGAACUGCAGGCAGCUUCAAUCUUCGGGACAGCCAAGGCGAGCCAGGAGGCUGACAACGUGCUCAUUCUUCAGGACAAGAAGCUGGUCUCUGGCCAGGGCAAGCGCUAUCUGCAGGUGGUGAAGAAUCGCUUUGACGGAGAGCUGGGAAUCUUUCCGCUGGAGUUCAAAAAGGCUUCACUAACCUUCUCUGCCGUCAAGGGGAGAGCCAAACUACAGAAGGUGAAGGAGGACAGUGACAACACCCCAGAGCAGCCUGGGAAUUCCACUGACGCCAAAGAGAAAAAGUGACAGAGAAGCCCCUCCCGCUCGGGAAGGACAAAUGGCGGAGGAGGGGAACAUGGCUGCCAUUGGCCUCCUGGUUACUGUGAACUCAGAAUCCACAAUGCUGGUGUUUCCUGUCACGUUAACACUCACAAUGGCUUGGCAGGACGGUGGAAUCAGCACUCACCCUGUGACAGGGGGACCUCGGCCAGUGGGACAGGCCUGGCUGGCUUCUCAGUGGGAGCGUGGACCUUCCUUAAUCCGUUUCUUUUAGAGAUCAGCCUCCAGUGCCCCAUCAAACACUCAGCACUAUCGUCCUGUGGGACAAUGAUACUGACAGAACUUUUAAAACACUCAGUAACUGUUUUGUUCUGCAGCAUCGUUGUCACUUACUGUCCAUCCCAAUCUUCGACCUGUCCUUAACCUUACUUUUAGCCCAAUUCCAUCUUCCCUCCUCCUCUUCAUCAACAACAUAAAGCUCCUGUCCCCCCAACCUCCAGUCCUGAAGAAAGGUCACUGAACUCAAAACGUUAACAGUUUCCCUUCCCACAGACGCAGAGCUUUUCUGGAACGUUCUGCAUUUGAUUCAGAGCACUUGGAAGUGAUUAAAAACGGCAGCUAUUACUUACCUGUCUUUAACCUAAACCCAUAGUCUGUCCUCCGCAGAGAUAGACAAGAAAACCGCCUGUAGAUUUUCUCUGCAGCGGACCUGAAGGCAAAGAAAGAAAGGAACUUCCAUUUAUAUAUCGCCUUUCAUGGCCUCAGGAUUCCAAAAGUGCUGUACAGUCAGUGAUGCACUGCCCUAGUCCAGUCGCUGAUUCAUUCUCUGCCCCAGUGAGAGAGACUUACUGAAUCCAGGGUGCACAGAGUUGGCGUGUGUUAGCUCCAUCACUGACCCACUACCUGACAAGAGAACUGACAAUGAGAAUGCUUGAAAUUUAUUGCCUUUUAUUUUAGUUUUUAUUUGUGAUGGAUUGCAGCCAAAUUUGGGAACCUAAUUCCUUGAGGUUGACAGACUGAAUACAGCCCCUCGCUGGCCAUCCAGUUUUACAGUCCCCAUCACCUCCAGCUUCAGCUGUGAAGGUGCUGUUCGGAAAUGACCAGGAGCAGGAAGAGAGCUGCAGGUGCUGGGAAUCAGAAACGAAAGCAGGAAAUGCUGGAAACACUUGCUGGGGGCAGACACUUUGUGGAGAGAGAAAACAAACUCAUGUUUCAGCUCGAUGACUUUCCAGCAGAACGGAGAUGUGUGAAUGGUUUUUGGUGUAAAAUAUUUAAUGCUGUUUCUCUCUUCACAAGAUGCUGUCUGACUUGGCCGGUGUUUUCCAGUAUUUUGGAUUUUUAUGCAAAAACUGUGAGGCCCUUUCUAGGAGUGCCUGUGAUUAUGUGUCUGCGUCUGUCCCUGUUUGUCUUUGACUGUCUCUAUCUUUUUGUGUGUCUGUCCCUGUGUCUGUCUGUCUCUGUUUGUCUGUGACUGUCUCUGUGUCUGUUUGUGUAUCUGUCCGUGCGUGUGUGUGUGUGUGCGUGUGUGUCUGUCUGUCUCUGAGUCUCUCUGAUGCCUGGAUAUGUGCCUUCCUAUGAGUUUGCCUUUCAGUACAUGCAUAUCCAGGUGUGUGUAUGUGCACAGUACAUAUUCAUGUGGGUUUCUAACCCAACUAACUACCUCCUUGUUUACCAAAGCACGUACGCUUGUUCUCCUUUUGAAACCUGGAGAUUUUUAUGCUCAUAUAAUUAUCUCAAACUUAAGUGCAUCCUAUGACCUGUUCUCAAGCUGGAGCUCUAGGAAUGAAUUUGACCCUGAUUAAAUCUGCUGACCAAGACAUUAAUAUGUUGAAUUCUGCUCCCUGUUCCUAUCACAGAGGCUGUGAUACUGAUCUGAUUGUGUUGCAGUGUAAAACUGUACAAUUGCUUCAUUCUGAGUCCUGUGCUAGAUGCACUGCCAGUGUCUGUGUAUAUAUCUCGGGAUCACGUGGUUCUUAAAAGAUGAUUGUCUACUUCGAACUUUGUUCUGAAUUAUGCGCCAUUUUUCCAUCCAAUCUUUUUUAAAACAAAACCUGAAUCAUGUUUUAUUUCCAAUGUCGCUGCUACAUAUUAGAAUUAAUUAUGCAAACUCGAGCUGAUUAGAA